AUGUCGAUCUCCAUCGCUGUGGCGCUGCUCAGUGGAAGAAGCAGAGUAAUCACUGCACACCCGGAUUCCACAGUGGAUGACCUCCGGCUACAAGCUCAACUGAGUUUGAAAGUGGGCUUAGAGAGGUUGGUCACUGAAACAGGUGUGAUCCUGCAGGGCAAGUCGACUUUGCGAGCCUCGCAUGUGCAGAGUGGCGCGACGUUGACGGCUCAUGUGCGCCAAUCGCAACUGGUGUCAUCAGCCUUGGCGUUUGCACUCCUACGGUCAGAUGGCACAGUAGUUUCGUGGGGCAAUGCUGUCGACGGAGGCGACAGCAGUGCCGUGCAGGAUGAGCUGAAAGAUGUGAACCAGAUCCAGUCGACCUUGCACGCCUUCGCGGCAAUCAGAUCAGAUGGUUCGGUGGUUGCCUGGGGCAAGAUGGACGAUGGCGGACUGGUGCCCUCAGCCGUGGGUGCCGAGCUGGUGAACGUCACUGCCAUCCAGGCUUCCAGCAGGGCUUUCGCAGCAAUAAAAGCAGAUGGUUCAGUUGUGACCUGGGGAAACCCCAGAUAUGGUGGCGACUGCCGUGCCCAGAAGGAGCACUUAAAGGAGGUCACCCAAAUCCAGGCCUCACGCGACACGUUUGGCGCCUCCUUCGCAGCGGUCCGGGCCGAUGGCCGUGUGGUUACCUGGGGCGUCGCUGACGCCGGAGGUGACAGCAGUGCCGUGCAGGAGCAGCUUCGGCAGGUGCAACGAAUUCAGGCAACCCGCUUUGGGGGCUCCUACGCAGCCAUCCGUGCAGAUGGGACGGUAGUAACCUGGGGCAACCGGGCCUCAGGGGGUGAUAGCAGUGGGGUGCAGGCCCAGCUGUAUGAGGUGGAGCACAUCCAAGCCACGGAGAGCGCGUUCGCAGCCAUUCGGAAGGAUGGAUGUGUAGUGACUUGGGGGAAUCCCCAUGAUGGCGGAGACAGCACGGAAGUCCAAGAUCAACUCAUGGAUGUGACGCACGUUCAGGCGACCUCACAUGCCUUCGCUGCAAUUAGAGCGGAUGGCAGUGUCGUGACUUGGGGGAGUGAAAGCUGCGGAGGUGAUAGCAGUGAAGUGCAAGAUCAGCUCUAUGGUGUGACGAUGAUCCAAGCUGCCUCGUUGGCUUUUGCCGCCAUCCGACGUGAUGGAUCCGUUGUAACCUGGGGCACUCCGGACGCGGGCGGCGACAGCCGGCACGUGCAGGAGCAGCUGAAGAACGUCACCGGCAUCCAAGCUUCCCGCGAAGGUGUCCGCUGUGCAUUUGCUGCUUUACGAGCAGAUGGUUCGGUAGUAACCUGGGGUGACCCCAGCAGCGGGGGCUACUGCAGGAUGGUGGGAGAUCAACUCUUUGAUGUCCAAGAGAUCCAGGGGACGGAGAAUUGCUUCGCAGCGAUCCGAGGGGACGGCGGAGUGGUGACAUGGGGCAACGGUGACUUCGCACCCGACGGCCCCACGGCUGAGGAGCUUUUGCAGGAUGUGCAACAGGUGCCCACUUCCACCAUCGGCUCUGAUGGCUCGGUGGUCACCUGGGGCCGGCCGCUUUCGUCUGAAGGCUAG